CUGGGUUGUGAUCCAGGCCAGCGUUCCCAGCUCCCGGCGUCACACCCUCUCCCAGCUGUUGCCUCGCCGAGCAUCGCGGGCGCUGCCAAGAAAACCUUGGUGAUGGAUGCAACUCCCUCCCCGCUCCCUUAAAACCGGCGGGGAGCGGCACCGUGCCUGUGUCUGCCCCGGCACGCCGGGAUCCGCCUGGGAAUGGGAUCCCGCUGGCACCCAGGGCACCCCCAGCUCGUCCUGCCCAGCGCGGAGCAGCGGGACAGCGUUGGCACCGCACGAGCUCAUGCCUUAGGCCGGUGUGGAGGGAGCUGCCGCUGUGCCCUGGGGCGCUGAAGUGUCACCUGUCCCCCAUCCCGACAGAGAAGAGACAGCAGGAGAUCCCUGGCUGCAGAUCCCAGCAUCCCAGCUCCCCAGGAUCUCACGGAUCAGCUGCCAUUCCCAGGGACGAUGGCGCUUCCCAACCUGUCCGAUUACCUGGACGGCCUCAACAAUAACUACAGCGACUACCCCGACUACACCUACGAGGACACGGGCGGCGCGUGGGCAGACCCAGCCCACGACCCCAAGGACAUCACCAGGAUCCUGUCCGUCAUCAUCUACAGUGUGUCCUGCGUGCUGGGCAUCCUGGGCAACGGCCUUGUCAUCGCCAUCAUCACCCUCAAGAUGAAGAAGUCGGUGAACGCCGUCUGGUUUCUCAACCUGGCCGUGGCCGACUUCCUCUUCAACAUCUUCCUGCCCAUCAACAUCGCCUACACGGCCAUGAGCUACCACUGGAUCUUCGGCACAGUCAUGUGCAAGCUCAACUCCUUCCUCCUCAUCCUCAACAUGUACACCAGCGUCCUGCUGCUCACCACCAUCAGCUUCGACCGCUACGUGUCCGUGGUGUUCCCGGUGUGGUCGCAGAACCACCGCUCCACCAACCUGGCCUACGGGGUUUGUGUGGUCAUCUGGACCCUGGGCAUCGUCAUGAGCUGCCCCUCGCUCGUCUUCCGGGACACGGCGCAGACCAGGAGCUCCGUGAUUUGCUUCAGCAACUUCUCCCUCUCCAGGAAUAAAUCCUACGAAGGGCUGGCUCUGGUGAGGCACCGCACCGUGACCAUCACCAGGUUCCUGGCCGGGUACAUCCUCCCCAUCACCAUCAUCACCUUCUGCUACGUCGCCAUCGUCUUCAACCUGCGCCGCAACCGCCUGGCCAAGUCCAAGAAGCCCUUCAAGAUCAUUGUCACCAUCAUUGUCACCUUCUUCCUCUGCUGGAGCCCCUACCACCUGCUGAACCUGCUGGAGACGGUGCCCGACGCGGUGCCCUGGUCUGUGUUUGAGAUCUUCAUCCCGCUCACCACGGCUCUGGCAGCCUCCAACAGCUGCAUGAACCCCGUCCUCUAUGUCUUCAUGGGCCAGGACUUCAAGAAGUUCAAGGUGACCCUCCUUUCCAGGCUGGUGAACGCCCUCAGCGAGGAGACGGGACACUCCAGCAUCGUGCACAGGAGCUUCUCCAAGAUCUCCUCCAUGACUGAGAAAGAGACAACAGUUGUGUAAACUCAGCCUGCAGAAGGGACAGGAUCCCCUGGUGUUGGCGCUGUGAUGGUCACCAGCCGUGGUGUGGCCAAGCAUUGUCCUGCACUGUCCUACAGCCCAUUUUUGACUGGUGUUGCUGCCUGGGGGCUGGCAGGGGAUGGAGACCCCCAAGGUAUGGAGAAGAUGCAACCACCCUUGAUCCUGUGUGGGAAUACAAAAAUCCUUGUGCCUAAUUAAGAAAAUAUUUUUUGGCAUUCCCAUCCAAACUGUGCAUUCCCUGGCCUGGGAAGGGCUUUCCUGGUGUUUCCAGAGUGGGGUGCAGGAUAUAAGGAAUGCAUCUCCUGUGCCAUGGCCAAAUUUGUGACACUGCUCUGUCCCAUGUCUGAGUGUGGCUCCUCAUGGUAAAUUCCUGAGGUAUUUUGGUACCAGAACAAGGCGUUUGUGACUUUUUUGAGAAGUGCCCUUAUGAGAGGUUGGAAUACCCCACCUCAAAGAACUGGGAAGUCUCAAAUGUCUUCUAAGUGAUCCAGACCCAGGGCUACCUUCCAGUGUGGGGAUUGGGCUCAUGCACAGGGUCACCAGCAUGGAAAACUGGGAGAAGAAGGAGGGAAAGGUCAAUUUGAAAUGGCUUUUUAACCCUCCUUUUGGUGGGCACAUUCCAUACGGUACACCCUGCAGGAAAGGUGGGUGUUUGGGACCAGGAACAGGCCCAGGAGCUGGGAAUGAGCUUCUGGGGAGGACCUGCUGUCCCCUCAUGUACCUCUUGGGACACUCUGGGAUCUCCUGGGAGACUCUGCUGCCACACACCAAUCUCUGCAGCCAAGGAUGGGCCGAGCCACCACUUCAAUCCAGUUUCACACCUGGUUAAUUUUGGAGCUCCCUCCCCAUUAGAGCUCCUUCACCACGACCCUGGUGUUACCCUCAUUUAUGUGUCACUCCCUGGAGCUGGCUUUGGGCAGCCCCCAGUGGCCCUGGGGACAUUUCAGGAGGUCCCUCGUGGAGAUUUGUGCAGGUUUUGGCAGUCGGGAAUCUGCUCCCAAGUGCCCACUGAAGCUGAAAUAUUUAUUUAUAGCUUUCCUUGGAAAUCAGAAAACGGAAAAUAAAAUGGAGAGACAUUCCCCAGGAAAAGGCAGGGAGCUAUUUCCAGGCAGCAGAUCCUGAAAUCCUGUGGCAGGAGAGGGAUUUGAGGAUUUGAGGAUGUCAGGAUGCCAGGAUUUCAGAUUUCAGGAUUUCAGGAUGUCAGGAUUUCAGGAUGCCAGGAUUUCAGAUUUCGGGAUUUCAGGAUGUCAGGAUUUCAGGAUGCCAGGAUUUCAGAUUUCAGGAUGUCAGGAUCUCGGGAUUUCAGAUGGAUUAUCCGUCCUCCUCUCCGCCCCGGUGCUCCUCACUGCUCCACCUCGAUCUCAUCACCUCCUCCGUGUGCUGGGACACUCAGCACCUGCAUUGUCCCUGUGUCUCCUGGGGUUGGGAUGCACCCACUUCCCCAGGGAGCACUGCCAAGCCCAGGGCUACUCCCAGCCCCAAUUCACAGAGAUUUUUUUACCCAAAAUCCAUGGAUCCAUACCCAUGGAAGAUGUAUUCCCUGAGGAAGCUGCAGGGCCUCUCUGGUGCUGGGAGGAGGCUCCUCUUGCUCGUUUUCCCCAGUACUUAAUUAAUAUUGCUGGAAGGUUGCCAGGAUCCUAUUAGGAGUGGGAUAGGACAGAUGGGAUGGACGGGACAGAUGGACACACAGAACUUGCAGAGGAUCUGUUUAGGGAGUAGUGGGAAUGGGAUGUGCCCAGAUACCCAGAGCCAGCAGCCUCUGGGGCUUUUUGGGCUCAGGGUUUGGAGAAGGCCUGGAUGUGGGAACUGUGGGAUGAAGCCUCAAGGACUGGAUGCCAUCCCACGGCCCCUCAGGCUGGUGCUGGGGUGUUCAUAAUGGAUUCAGGAUGCUCCUCACUAAUCCUGGUGUGUGUUUUUUCCAAGCCCAUCUGUUAUUACUCCAAACAGCUUUCCAAAAAAAAAAAAAUUAAAAAAAGCAGUGCCUUGGUAC